AUGUGUGUGUGCAUGCACUGCCGCAAGGAACGGGGAUGUCAUCAAAUACUAGAACUUUGUCUAUACGAACAACGGGAUUUUUCUUCUUUGUCUCUCCUUCUUUUGUAUGGAGGAAACAGGAUCUGGGAAUCGCGCCAGGUCAGGUGUUGUCUUCACCCUUCUUGGGAUUCCACCCACUCAAUAUAUAGGCCAUUGCGGACGAUCGAUCGGAAAGAUAACCAAGGAAAAAGUCGACCCCUCCCUGUUGGUAAGAUGCACCUAGCACUUGCACUCAAAACCCAAACAUCGGUAUGUCUAUCCGCCAGAGGAACGAAUACACAUGCACCGUUCAACCUGGACAUUCGAAAACACUAUUCACCUGGUCUGCAUCGUCUUGCACACUGUUUUCACGGAUGCCCUGUUUGCCCCAAGUCUGCAGUCGGCCGUAACAUUGAGAUAUCGUCAGAAAAGAAUCGAUUCAACCAAGACCAUUUCAUCCAUGAGAGCAGAGACGAAAUGUGGUAUAAGCAAAAGGGGUAUCAAAAUACGCGCCAAGUCGAAGAGAAGAGUUGACCUCGCGAGAGAUCGUGCAUGUAUUGAUUGCGCACGCC